UCCUCCAGAGGGGUGUCACUUUGGCCCUCAAGCCCUGCCUCCUUUGCUCUUUUGUCCUGUGCUUUGCUAUUUGCUCUCUCCUGCUUGGGUUUGUUAGGAAUUGUGGGAGUUGGAGUCCAAAACACCUGGAGGGAGGGUCCAAGUUUACCUUUGCUUGUUUCUAACCCAUCCGGAAUUGGGAGAAAAGGGAGGAAGGAUUGAUGGGUUUGGAAAGGGUUUAACAUCUGGCUGGUGCUGAACGGACAGCAGAUUAACACACCAACAUAUUGGAUUUAGAAGAUGCUGGAGACAUCUUUACUCUGAGAAGAAAAGGGGACAGAUCACAUUGAUCCUAGUUGUGGAUUCAUUGGUGUAGAAAACAACAACAACAACAGCAGUGAUGGAUGAGCCAGAUGUAGCGGAUCCUGAAGACAGACGGGGCCUUGAUGGCAUCUUGCAGGAGAGAUUCCAUCUAAACAUUAGGAAGAAUGUCCUGAUGGUUAAAGAUCUCUUGAUAGAAGUUACCUCUGAAUUCCCUGUGGCAGAGAAGGCUCAAUUGGACCUCAGGCAGAGGACCAUCAGGCAGGAGGACAAUGGCAGGGUCCCCUUGCAAGUGGGAAAUUGGAGGGAAACAGAUGCCUGUGCUAAAUAUGAGAAAUGUCUUUGGCAAAAGCUGGAUCUUACCAGCCGGCAUGCCCAGCCAUCAGAGGAAGAAAGUGAUAUCCGAAUGGAGCCCCACACAUCCAGUGAAUCCGAAAAGUGUACAACAUGCUGCUUUCACAAUUCACAGCUUGAGCUGAGUCAGAGCGGCCACGCAGAAAACAAAGUAUACCAAUGUGACGUAUGUCAAAAAUAUUUUGUUCAAAAGUCCAACCUGGCGAAGCACCAGAGAGUCCACACUGGAGAGAAACCCUACAAAUGCCAGGAUUGCGGGAAAGGUUUUGCUCAGAAGCCACACCUUGCGCGCCAUCAGAGGAUCCACACGGGAGAGAAGCCAUACAAGUGCCAGGAGUGCGAGAAAUGCUUCAUUCAAAAAGUUGGCCUUUCGAAGCAUCAGAAAAUCCACACAGGCGAAAAACACCUGAAAUGUGAGGAAUUGGCUCAUCACCAAUCACAACUUGAGCUGGAUCGGAAGAACUGCACAGGAAACAAACCACACACGUGUGAGACAGGUGAAAAAUGUUCUGCUCCCAAGGCAGACCAAAGAAUCCACACGGGGGAGAAACCAUACAAAUGCCAGGAGUGUGGGAUGUGUUUUACUCAGAAAUCACACCUUUUACGCCACCAGGAAAUCCACACGAGAGAAAAGCCGCACAAAUGCCAGGAGUGUGGGAAUUGUUAUCUUUUUCAAAACAGAAGAGUUGUGAACCACAAGAAAAAACACACAGGGGAGAAACCGUAUAAAUGUGUCGAGUGUGGGAAAUGUUUUGGCUGCUCUUUGCAUCUUGUGAACCACCGGAGAAUACACACCGGGGAGAAACCUUACGGGUGUCAGGAGUGUGGAAAAUAUUUUACUCAGAAAACACACCUUGUGAGGCACCAGCGAAUUCACACAAGGAAGAAACUUUACGCAUGCUAGGAGCACUCAAAAUAUUGUGAAACGCCAGAGAAUCCAUACAUAGAGUUGGAAGAGACCUCGUGGACCAUCCAGUCCAACCCCAUCCUGCCAAAAAGCAGGAAAAUCGCAAUCAAAGCACCCCCAACAGAUGGCCAUCCAGCCUCGGUUUGAAAGCCUCCAAAGAAGAAGCCUCCACCACACUCUGGGGCAGAGAGUUCCACUGCUGAACAGCUCUCCUUACAGUCAGGAAGUUCUUCCGUGGGAUAUCUUUUGUCCUAGUAGUACAUGAGAGAAUCCACUUAAGAGAGAAACCAUUGAACUGACAGCAAUGAGACAUAUCACCAGGAGCUAUUUCAAUGGCAAAUACCUCUUCUCUUCAGCUCAUAUUGUAUUGGGCUUUUCUUUCUUUCAACAGCACCACUCUUCUGUUUUGGUGAUAUUUCAUCUGGAGGCUAUUGCUUCAGGUCCAAUUCUUUGGAGCAGCAAGAAACAUCGUCUAUAUUUUUUCUUUAUUUAUUUACUAUAUACCUUGGGAAGUCUGAUCUGGCUAUGGUGGUCCACACUCUUGUUACAUCCCAAAUAGAUUACUGCAACACACUCUAUGUGGGGUUGCCUUUGAAGACUGUUUGGAAACUUCAACUAGUUCAAUGGGCAGCAGCCAGAUUACUCACCGGAGCGACAUACAGGGAGCACCCCCCUUUUGUGUAAGCUCCACUGGCUGCCGGUCCACUUCCAAGCACAAUUCAAAGUGCGGGUCUUGGCCUAUAAAGCACUAUACAGUUCUGGCCCAGCUUUCUUGUCCAAACGUAUCUCCCUCUACAUCCUGCCUCGGAGUUUAAAUUCGUCUGGGGAGGCCUUGCUCUCGAUCCUGCCUUCUUAGUGGUGAGAAGAGACAGGGCCUUCUCAGUGGUGGCUCCCCGCCUCUGGAACACGUGCCCCAGAGAAAUUAGAUCAGCUCCAUCCCUCCUUUCCUUUACGAAGAAGCUCAAAUCAUGGUUUUGGGACCAGGCUUGACAGCGAUUUAUCUGCCACACUUUUAUUUACCACACUUUUAUCCCGCCCUUUCCAGCCUGAAGGCAACUCAGGGCGGUGUAGAGAUUGGCAACAAUUAGAUGCCGAACACACAUAAAUACAUCGUUUAAAACAGAUUAAAUCACAUAAUAAAAUUCAUAUAAAAACAAUUUAAAGCUAUUAAAAUCAAUGACUUCUGGGUUUAAAUCCAUGUCCAUUUGCAUCGUUAAGCCAUUCCAUAUUAGUUCACAAUACUGAGUUUAUCUGGUUACAAUGAGGUUCCAAAAGCUUGCUCAAAGAGCCAGGUUUUUACUCUUUUUCUAAAUGUCAGGAGGGAGGGGGCCAAUCCAAUAUCCCCAGGAAGGAAGUUCCACAGCCGAGGGGCCACCACUGAGAAGGCCCUGUCCCUCAUCCCUGCCAAGUGAGCCUGUGAGGCAGGCGGGAUCAAGAGCAGGGCCUCCCCAGAUGAUCUUAAAUUCCUAGAAGGUUCGUAAAGGAAGACACAUUCAGAUAGGUAAGUUGGGCCGGAACCAUUUAGGGUUUUAUAGGCUAAAGUCAGCACUUUGAAUUGUGCCCAGUAGCAAACUGGUAGCCAGUGGAGCUGGCGCAACAGCGGAGUUGUAUGCUUCCUGAGCGCUGCUCCUGUUAGUAGCCUGGCUGCCGCCCGCUGGACCAUUUGAAGCUUCCGGGCAGUCUUCAAAGGCAGCCCCAUGUAGAGUGUGUUGCAGUAGUCUAUACGGGAUGUAACCAGAGCAUGGACUACCGUGGCCAAGUCAGACUUCCCAAGGUACAGAUGCAGCUGGCGCACAAGCUUUAACUGUGCAAAUGCUCCCCUGGUCACCACCGAAACUGGGGUUCCAGGCUCAGAAAUGAGUCCAGGAUCACACCCAAGCUGCGAACCUGCGGCUUCAGGGGGAGUGUAACCCCACCAAACACAGGCUGUAACCUUUUGCCCUGUUUGGCCUUACGACUGACCAGGAGUACAAUGUUUUUGAGAAAUGACUAUGGGCAGGCUUUGGACUGGGUCGUCGGUCACUGAAUCAGACUCAGAUAUAGCUAUAUGGUUGAUAAUAAUGUUUUAAACGGAAUUUAACCUAAUGUUUUCACCUACUUCGUAAUGCCAUGCUGUAUUGUGUUUUUGUAUGCUGCAAGCCGCCCUGAGUUGAGAAGGUCGGGGUACAAAUGUUUGAAAUAUAUAAAUAAAUAAAAUAUAUUUAGACCCCGCCCUUCUCAGUCCCAAAGGGGACUCAAGUCGGCUUUGUAUCAUGAAUAACUUUUCAAUAACUAAAACACAGGUUCUUUUUAUUGUAUUUUCCAGUGUGAGAGGGUCUAUCAGAACUUUUACACAAAGAAUGACUCUAGACAUACAGAUUUUAUGUAACUACAUUGGAUUCACAAUUAUGUGGCUGACAAACAAACAAAGGAGAAUUGCAUUUUUACUGAGGAUUCACACCACAUAUACAUGCAUCCAUCACCAUGCAUGCAAAUAUUACCUUACCCUGGGUCGUAGGUUUUUUGGGCUAUAUGGCCAUAUUCUAGAAGCAUUAUCUCCUGACAUUUUGCAUGCAUCUAUGGUAGGCAUCCUCAGAAGUUGUGAGGUCUGGUGGAAACUAGGAAAAUUGGGUUUACUGUAUAUAUCUCUGGGUGGGAGAAAGAACUCUGUUGGAGCUAAGUGUGAAUGUUUCAAUUGGCCACCUUGACUAGCAUUUAAUGGACUGACAGUUUUUAGGUGUGGCUUGUUACUGCCUGGGAGAAUCCUUUGUUGAGGGAUGAUUAGCUGUCCCUAAUUGUUUCUUGUCUGGAGUUCCCCAUUUGAAUGUUGUUCUUUAUUUGCUGUUAUAAUUUUAGAGUUUUUUUAAAUCAGGCUCCUCGACUCCUCCUCACUUUCAGACAUCAAAGCGGUAUCAUCUGCAUAUCGAAGGCUGUUAAUGUUUCUUUCAGCAAUUUUAACUCCAGCCUUGGAUUUGUCAAGCCCUGCACGUCACAUGAUGUGUUCCGCAUACAAGUUGAAUAGGUUGGGUGAGAGUAUACAACCUUGCUGUACUCCUUUCCCAAUCUUGAAUCAGUCUGUUGUUCCAUGAGGAAUCUGCUAAUUGGUCGUUAUACAGAUUCCUCAGGAGACAGACAAGGUGACUUGGUCUCCCCAUACAUCCCACUGAGAACUUGCCACAAUUUAUUAUGAUCCACACAGUUUGUAGUUUUUGAGAAGGAUCCAGCAGAUGUUGUGUAAUAGUUUAGGCAUGUUAUUGGGUUUCAAUUAGUUUUGACGUUUUUACCUGUUUUAAUAUUUUUGGAUGUUUAUUUUGGAUACUUUAUUCGUAUGCUAUUAUUUGUAUGUUGUUCAGAUUUUAAACUGUAUAUUGUAUUAUUUUUAGUGCUAGCCACUUCUGAUCUCUUUUCAGAAAGAUAAAGCAAGGUAACAACAACAACAACAACAACAAGAAGAAGAAGUUUAUAUUUUACCCUAUCUCCCCGAGUGGACUCAAGGCAGAUCAUAGUACACAUACAUAGUAAACAUUCAAUACCAUUUUGGGCAAACAGGACAGAGGCAGACAGAACAAAAAGGAGGUAUGUUAUGUCGACAUCCAGCUUUUUGGCGCCUUGGAGGUUGUGCUCGAAUCCAGCCACAGGAGGGUGCUGUCACUCCAUCCUAUAUGACAAAGAGCCAUCAGGACUUCCUCCUUCCUUUUGGUUGCUGGGCUUUUCCUGAUCAUUUUCUUUAUGGUGUCGUAAAAAACAACAACAAUAGUCUGUUAAUGUAAUGUUUUGUAGAAAUCUGUUGCAAUACUGUAUGAGAAAUAAACUGUGGAGACAUUUGAA